CGAUCCACCAAGUCAGUGGUUGCUGACAAAUCAGUCGCGUCUCCGUUCACAAACGAACGCGUCAAGGAACAACCAAAAAGUUCACGCCGCCUCUCAAAUCCAGAACGGCUUGUUCAGACGCAUUUCAGCAUGCUCUGAUUAUGCAAUACCAUUCCUAUGGCAUCUUGGAAGGAGAAAGGGGUGGUUCCAGACUCAGACGACGAAGAUGGGCUAGAUAGCCAAAGCACAUCAAAUAUCGGACGUGAUCUGGAGGGGUCUUCAGGUGGAAAUGACGGCUUGGGAGACAUUGAAAAUAAGGCAGAUGGCGAUGAUGACGAGAAUGUUCAGGAGAAUGAGGAUCGAGGUUCUUCCCAAGUUGCACUUAUCGACCCCGAACCUACGGUUCAACAUAGUUCUAUGCCGCUCUUCACAGAAGCCUCCACCAACCGAUCCAAGACACCCAGCUUGCCACUCUCGAUAUCGCACUCCCCGAAAAGAUUCAAGGAUCCACGAGUAUACUGGGCUUCAGACGAAGAGGAUACACCACUAGUCAAACAGAAUGCUUCAUCACGGCCAAGAAACGGGGUUCGAGAGGAGGAGGAAAUAUCCAAGAGCUAUGUUCAAAUCACGUCUACAACUUCAACUCAACUCUCUUCUCCACCAAACAGCGAGCCAAAACUACCACAGCACGCCGCUUUAAAUAAACAGAGGAGGAUUUCAAAGUCCCCAGAACCAGACAUAGCUUCCCGAAGUCCCAUUGUGGGUGACAGACUUGAACCUGAGACAGAACCGCCUACCAGCACAGCAAGACGCUCACUCCGACAAAGGAAUCCAAUCCAGUUGCAUCCGUAUGCAAUGGAACACGAGAGAUACCGGAGAACUCUACAGUCUAGAGGUAUUGCACCGAUGCGAAUAGUCUCGUCGUCCCACGAACACUCACGGCGACGCUCUCGAAGCUCCUCACCAGUCUCUGAAUCUCAAGAUAUGGAUUAUGAUGUCGGAGAGAGUCAGCAGAACGACAUGGACUGGGAUCCACCAUCUUCUCCACCUCGACCUGCAGCGAACUUCGAGGACGUCGCCAUGAACGAAAAUGUACAGCAAAAAGACAUUGACGAGGAGGAAGAAUUUCCCGAUAUUGAUCAAUUAAUACAGCAUCCACCACAACUACCUAGAAAGCCUGAACGAAAACCACAACUACCCCCACAGCCAAAAGCUAAGCAUCGACUCAAUACGUACUCGUUGAAGUUCAAACGUCCUGGAUUGUCGAGAAUUCGGACCCAACCAGCCCCUCAAACCAAACAGAGAGACAUCACGAACAGUAUCUUUGAUGUUCCUGCAUCACCACCCACAACUAGUUCACCAUUCGCAGCCCCUUCUCGCCAUGUUCGAGCCUCCAUUUCCCGUGCUGGAUCAACUUCAAAGGAACAAUCACCAAGCACUUCUCCAGCUGAAUCUCUCUUGCUUCCUGGGGACCUUCCAACUCCAGCUACCAGUGCCGUCAAGCCUGUGCCAGCUAUGCUUGAUUCGGACGUAGAGCUUGAUGACCCUUUUGCAUCAGAAGUCGAAAAAUCUGCUUCCGAGUCCGCGUCAGAUGAGUCCAUUACGAUUCGCAAGAUUAGCAAAAAGAUUCGAGGUGUUCUCCCUGCUUCACAUCUACGGUUGGACCAGAGGAAGCUCCUGAAACCAGUCGUCCAUGCGUUACGGGACAGCGAGAGUUUAUCUCCUGUCAAGGAGCCCUCCCGGCGUGGAGUUGCACUUCCUCGAAUGCGUCAAGGCUCGCAGAGCCCACCAGCAUCAACAAAUGCUAGGCUGGCGUUUCUCUCUGAUUCAGGAGAAGACGACGAGGAGGAUGAGCCGGGAUUCGUCAUGGCAGAUGACCCUUUUGAGCUUGAGAGUGUUUUCGAUCAAUCGCGCUUAGGUUUUGCCGAUGAGGACGACAAGAUCGAUGCCAUGUUACCUUCGAAAAAGCGAGUAUCUACUGGUUCGUCUCGUCCACGUAAGAAGAGAAAGAGUGGAUCUGGAUUGAGUGUUCGUACCGGAAGCGGCUCAUAUAAACAACAACCUAAAAUCACCGAUCAUUUACAUAAGCCCAAGAGUCGUUCGUCCAUUGGAAAGUCUGCAAGCCGAGACAGAAAAACAUCUCGUAGAUAUGGACGCAGUGUAUCUCGUCCCAGAAAGCCUGCUCCGCCACGCCUCGGUAUUCUCGAUGUGAUGACUCCAGUGGGCCGUAAAGAACGAGAUCUACCGCAAUUCAUAAGAGUUGCAGCUCGUACUGCGAGGUCUCGCGUAGGGCAGGGACGCCAAAGUCCUUCGAGGAAGUUCAUUCGUCUGGCGAAUCGUGAGGACACCCAGGAUGUUCAAUCGGUAUUGCAGGAUUGGAGGGAAGGAAAGAUUGCUCCGAGGAAUCGCCCUUCUCAGCCAAGACGCUCCAUGGGAGUACCUAUCUCGGCACUUCAUGAAAUAACAGACAAUCAACAGACCAGACUCCCAGCGCCAAUCAUCACGAGUAUGCUGCAGCAAAGCAGGGAGCCGGCCAGGACAGGACGUAAACUGGCAAUCUCCAGGCGUCAACAGACGAUAAACAGCUUCGUCACAAGGGAAACACCCUCCAUUCAAGGAACUACAACCUCUGUAAGGCAAAACACGGACGCCAACCUUGGGCCAAUAGGCCGAGCAAAAGCAUCCCGUGGCGCUCAACGGCCAGUACGACCUGCGCAGCUCGAAUCAACCAAGAUUCCAUACUCAGACCGGUAUUCUGCCUCAGAGUUUAGAAGUACUAAGCGACUCCUUGAUUCUCUUUACAGAAGCACCCGACGACGAACUGCUCCGGAGACAAAUCUGCAAUUGAGCCGAUUUCUUGCUGACGAUGACAUUGUCCGCCCAUCUACAGAGAUAAAUCAGGACCCAGUACACAGCGAAGAAGACGGAAUCGAGCUUGUUCAUUACUCAGCGAAACAGACCCGACGAAAGCAGAGUGUGCCUCGGCGAGUCGACGCAGGUGCUGCGAAUUACCGCCAACCCAGUAAUCCCUUGAUAUUAGACUAUUUUGCUCCGACAGAAGCGAAUGCCAACGAGAAUAGCAAGUUGCUGGGUUUGGGCAAGUUCGGCACGAACUAUCCAGUCCACUUCGAUAUUUCUCCCUUGCAAUCGGGAAUAUUCUUCCAUGAACACACGAUCAUCGGAAGUGGUAGGCUUGCCGACCUUCUCAGCAAUUCCAGUUCCCAGAGCCUUCCACCGCCGACUCCCACAAGUCUCAGGUUUGCAGAGAAAGUUUUCAAGUGGAGGACGUGGGAUGAGAAUGUGUCGUCGGAAAUCGGUGUUUGUUUCGACUGGCUCUUGGAUCAGUUACAAUCCCAGCGCUCCUUAACCCCGCCAGCAGCAGAUGUCAACGAGGUCAUCAUGUUUGUUUUGGAUUAUGUUCAAUACAAUGUGAGAUUUGAUGGAAGCCUCAAUCGGGAUAGUUACAUGGCAAGAAUGAUCGAGGUACUCCAAGACUUCACUUCUCGCCUCAGCCUGACGGGUAACACCGAUCAGGCUCAAACCAAGCUCGUUGUCGAAAUCCUUUCUCGAUGCACUUUGGUGAUCUUCCAUCUGCUCAAAUCCAUUCGGGCUCAACCUGCAGUCAAGUCAUCCGCAUACGAUGUGGAGGAUUUAUUGAAGUCGGUCGCCAGCUACUGUUCAGCAGCGCUCAUCUCCGACGGCUUAGAUAAGCUUCGAAUGCUGUAUGAUGAUCUUCAGUAUCUUUCUGUCAGAGAAAGAGGCAUCACGUGCGAUCAAUACGCGGCAAAUGGUUGGCUUAUUCUAAUCAAUACCUUAGGGGCUGCUCACAUUCCAAGAGCCUCAUUUUGGGACGUCACCAACCCAUUCUUGAUAGCAACUCCUAUGAAAGAAGUCAUACACGCCCCUGAAAUGGAGAAAUUGUGGUACUCAAUGUAUACCCUACUUCCACUCUGCGAAAUUAAUCCAUUGGGUGUUGUUGAUCCUGGAUUGCGACAGAAAACAAGUUUUGAUGAUUGGUCAUUACCUCAGCAAAUACUCAAGCAAGUCUUUGCGCUGUAUGAGUCGAAUGACAGACAAGCACCAGGAUUCAAUGAUUAUUGCCGAUCUCUUCUGCACCGCUGUCAUUACCUCAUGACUGAAUGGGGAUGGUGGAAGUGUUCCGCUAUCAUUGGUACUCUCUUUGAUUUCUUUGCUUCUCAUAGCCUCGCUCAUUUGCGGAACGAAGAAGCUCGGUCCUCGCCGCUAUUCUUGGAGCAACUCGACACAGAACCAAGCCUCGCAAUUGAGCCUGAAGAUCGAUGUUUUCAUAUAUUCCUCAAGAUCGUAGCUCUGGGGAUUAAACAGCUUUCCGCAGUCAACGAUAUCAAAACCAUCCGGAACCUUGUAGCUCGUUUAUUACCGAAUCACGACAGACAAUAUCCCAAGGACGAGGUCAUCCAUACACGAGAUCUUGCGGCACUGCGCAAUCAUCACGACCUUCUUUGCACGCUCUUCUGGGCAUCACCACCAUCCCAACGUCCCUCUGUGGCUCUGAUACAGGAACUUGUCAUUGCUGAUCGCUCUCAUAAUGAAGCCUGCUUCAUCAAUAUCAAGGCAUGGGAGAAUUUGGCUUGUUUCAUGGUAACAAAGGGUGCAAAUGUUGAACUAUACAAGCCUUUCAGUCAUUGGCAGACCGAGUUUUUUUCCAGCCUUUGCCAGCAAUACCUCGAUGCCGAGAUGGAGGCACGUCAACAAGCGGAAGCGUUGGAAAAGAGCACUGGUCAAGUGAUGUCGGAAUCAACAGUGGCAGUCACAGUCUUGGCAAACAGGAGAAGUAUGAUCCUCCCUAUGUGCAGGUCAAUCACUGCCAUGGGUGAUAUCAUUAAAGCUGCAAGGUCUUCAGAUAUGGUCAGGGAAGCUCUAAAUAGUGACAUGCUCUCCAAGGCCUUGGAUCCAGCGAUUCAUAUUAAUAUCGCACUCUCAAAACGAUUAGUGGCUGAUUGUGUCAUCGCGCUUUGCAAUUACUUGGAUCAACUCAAGCAACUUCAUCCACCAGCAUUGCAAGAUACAGCGAUCCCAAGCAACGAAGAGGAAAGUCAGGACAGCAUGGAUAUGGGUAUAGACUGGGAUCGCAUGGAACUGAUUAUUCCACUCCGUCAAAGUAUUAUGGGCAACCUCUGUCCAUUACUCAGACAGUAUCUCGAAGCGGGAACGGAACAAGAGUCAAAAACCCUGGACAACCUGGUUGUUUGCUGGGCUCGCCUUGUCUCGAUCGUUACCGAAGAGGGCGCUCUGCCACUUGAGUCUUUCCUCACCCGCGGUGAAUAUUCAGUCUUUGAAAAUCGACGAACGUCCAAGAUUGCGGACACGUAUUGGCCCUUGUUCCUUGUCAGUCUGCUCCGCAAUGGCAAGACCCUUAAAGACUUCCAGGUUCCUGGCUUCAAUGUCGGGUUGGAAUGGUUACUAAGCUUGACGACUUGCCAAUCAAUUCCAGCACAUGUACAGGCUUUGACAACUGAAUUGAGACAGAAAGGUCAUUAUCUCUGUACUGCCAUAGAUCAUGAGUCGUUUGAUCAGAUCCAGAUGAUUCGAGCUGCAAUUCGAAGAAUGUCCUCGACUCUGAUCGAGAAGGCAACUGAGACAAAAGUCGAUCUCCCUCAAAAACAAGCACAACGCCUUUUCUCUGAUAUGCUAGGCGAAGUGAUGAGAUCAAUGCAAAACCUCCUCGAAACAUUGGAGCCCGGCUCUGAUCUCCACAAUUACCAUUUGCAGGUCGCUCGACUUGUCAUUGCAGACAUAAAAAGCUAUGCGAGCGACUUCAGACCGCUUACAGAUUUUUUCAUCCAUCCAUCAAAGUAUUAUUGGCCACAUGACGCAGACCCGUCCUUAUACCGUCCAGGGUUGAUAGCGUACUGCCUCCGACUUGAGCAACAACCAGAUAAAGCUGCAUUCGAGCUGUAUCACUACCUACACAGUGGAUGGACGAAAGCCCUUGUACAAAAUCGCUUGGGCAGUUUCCGCAGCUGCAUUCGAACAGGAAUGAAAUGGUGGAACUUUACGAAGUUCAUGCUCUCCGAUUAUAUACCUGCGAUCCUUGCAACUGGUUUCAAUUCCUCGGCAUGGCUACUUUGCUCUAUAUUCCUCCCAGCCAUUGGCAGCAGUCUCUUUGGGUUACUGGAAGAUAUAGACCAUAAGUCAGCUUGGAUUUUCGAGAGCCUACUCAACAUUCUCAAGAUGAUCAUGAACGGAACCAUUAUGCAAGCCCAUCUAUAUGAGCGAAACAUCCUCGGCGUCCAUCCCAACCACCGUGGGAUUCUCGCCGUAACUUUCAAGUUCUGGUUUGCCAUCGCUCUGCCCAUGCGCCAGUAUGCCAUGCAGCAUUCACAAGAAGCGGCUUUGGAAGAAGUCACCGAUCCUCUCAGCAGCUUCAUCUACCAUACCGUACAUGCUUUUCAAACAGGCGAUCCCUUCAUUCAAGUCCCCGAAGGCCAGUUCGACGUCCACAAGGGCAAACACACUGACGGCUUCGUGAAGCACAUUUUAGAAGAUAUCAAGGAUAAUUGGCAAUUCUCGGAUGAGGAAUGUUUUAGUGUAGCGGUCAAGACGAGGUCAAAUGAGUGUAGCACAUUGACAGUGUUUCGAGACACAUUGAAGGAGGUACUGGAGGUGGAUUUGGAGUUGUACCAGUGUGCGUAUCCUAACAAGCAGGAUGUACUUAUUGAGAAGAUGAGUAACGUCUACAUAGACGAGCUGUACAUGUAGAGAAAUGAAAUGAUGGAUCGUUCGUACAUAGGUUUAGGAUAUCAGAUAUCUUCUAAGAAGGGGCCGCAUGUUCAGCUUUGUAUUGAUGUGUUAUACUCGGCGCUACUGUUUGUCCUUGUCCCGCUUCAG